AUGACGCUGGAGACCGAGGCGAACUACUUGGAGCAACAAUUGGACUCUCUCCGCUCAAGACACAAACAAUCGCGUGCUAAUAACGCCGUAGCAGCGUGGGAAGAGCGAGCCAUUGCACAGCGCCAUAAGCGGCGACAGGCGGAGAAAACGAACGAACAGCUACGACAAGCAUUAUUUCUACAAAGUGGCUUUGUACGGAACCUCCGGUCGAUGUUCAUCGACACGAUGCCGUGCAGUAUUGAAUUAAAUAUGCGCAACUUCCUCCACACACCCACGCGUCUACUGAAGGACCAACGCUCUCGAGUACGAAAUUUGGAGAGUGUUUGCACCGAUGCGAAGCUAGACAUGGCUAAGCAGAUCAUCAUGGAGGAUUCGGGCGGGAUUAAGCCAUUCACAACGCCUCACAUUGCCUGCCAGCAGAUCGAUCUGGGACGUGACGGCUUUGGAAUGACCACAGUGGCUGUGUACGCGCUGGAAACUCGAAACGCGUGCAAAACGUUCAAAGCCACGUGCAGUGCCGUCAUGAACUGUGUGGCGGUAUGGCCAAAUUACAGGCUUGUGAACUCCUCAUCAAAGGCUGCAGAUUUACCCCCAACGAAGCUCAACAUUCGAUACGGGAAGUCCCACAACAUCUCGUACUACCGCAUGACCAAGGACUGCGGUAUCUUCCUGUGGGAUUAUGUGGAUGCGGACGAUCUGAAUCCGAUGCAGAAGGAGACGACUGCUAGGCGCUGCACGAUCGGAGCGUAA